AAGCGAGCGUCUCUCCCCUCCCAAAGAUGACCACUCAGGAGGGGUGAAGGACUCACUGCUGGGCAACACUUCAGACCCUGUAGAGAUGAGACGACUCAACUACCAGACACCAGGAAUGAGAGAGCACCCUCCCAUCACUGUGUGUGAUCUGGCGGACCACAUAGAGAGGCUAAAGGCCAACGAUGGCCUGCGCUUCUCGCAGGAGUACGAGGUAAGAUUGCCGCCGCAGCCUUGGACACCAGUUCAGCUGCCUGUGACGGUUUCUCAUAAUAGCCCCACAGUCUGUGAGCUACCCGUUCACCUCAACGCUAGAAUGUCAGUCUCUCCUGUGACACUCUGGGAUUAUCGGUCGUCAGUGACUCUCUCGCUUCCAAAAUAAAAAGAGGAGAUUUAGACAUUUGCAUUUAAAGUGGAAAACCUAUAUGGAGAGCAGGAGGUAAGGUUCAUGUGGAACUGGAAUAGAGACAGGGGAAUAGGGAGGAACUGGAAUAGAGAC